AAUAUCAAAACAAUGUCUGAAAGUCCUAAGAUGGGCCUAUUUGGCUCCAAAGACGAAACGAAGGAAACAAAGAAAGAAACCAAGGACAACUCACCUGACCGUUAUGCCCCUUAUUGUAUUGACAGUGAUUCAGAAACUUAUGAUACAGAAGCUUUAAGCAUCAUGGAUAUUAAUGAUAUCAUUGGUGUUCAGUCAGAACCUGUUAGUGAUUCUACUUUAGAGAGUGAAAUUGCUGCACUUUCUCAGAUGAUUACAGAAUCAAAGACAGAUGCAAGUCAGAAUACAACAGAAAAAAAGCUUGAAAUGCAAGAGAGAACUGUAACCAAGAAUGAAGAAGCUCCUAUAGUUGAGAAAAAUGAUACAAUUCACAGAUUUGAUACAAAUGAACAUAUAAAAUCCACCUUAAAGGAAUUAGAGAAUGUUUGUUGUGUUAAAGGAAUAAGUGAUAACAUGGAACAAUCAAGCAAAGAUAACUUUCAGUUUAGUAGUGAAAAUAGCUUGCAAAAAAAUGUGCAAUUGUGUGAACAAAAAACGGACAGUGACAUUAAGGACAAUCAUGAAUCUAAUGUAUUAACAGAUUCUGUAGAUAUCGUUAGUACUAAAGAUAUUAAAAAUUCUAAUACCAUAAAUAAAGUGACUGUUGAACUUGUUGACUCUAUAAGUGGUUCUAUUUCAGUGACAUCAGAAAUUAUGAAAAGCGACGAAAAUGUAAAUAGGUCUAAUAUAAGUGAACAACAGAGUAGUCAUAGUGAAAUAUUAACUGUGAAUAGCAAAGUGACUAUUAUAGAAAAUGAAAACAGUAUUCGUGGAAGUUUACAACUAAUUGGUGAAGCAUAUAGUUCAGAGGACUCUCAGGAUGGAAUUACAAAUGACGAAGAACCAAACAUAACAAGUUCAACAACUAGUUCUAAUGAAAAGUGCUUAAUUCCUUGUGAAGAAAUUAAAGACAUAAAUGAAGUUUGUGAGAUACAGAAGGAUGUAAAUAAUAUCUCUGAAGAAAUUGAUAAUAUACAUUUGGAUAAAGCUUGUACAAAUGAGAAUACUAUUGCCAAGACUAUAGAAAAUGAAAAAUUGUGUAGUAGUGAAAUUGAAUCAUCUAAUUGUCCUACAAAAUCUACAUAUACAGAAGAAUUACCUACAAUUUCAGAAGAUACAAAAGAUAUUGUUCCUAAUGAAUAUAAAGUAGAUAAUCUCAGUAACAUUGAUUUACAAUGUGAAAAAGAAAAUAUUAAUACAACUACCACUGAUAUAAAUAACAUUAAAGAAGAAAUAGAAGAAAAGAAAAUUGACAUUCAAAUAGUAGAAGAAACUAUAAUGAUGGAACAUUCUGAAAGUGAAGUAGGAAAAAACAAUGUCGAAUCUGUGGCUGAUGUUUGUGCUACAGAAGAAGUACAGUCGGAAACCAAGGUUAAGGAUGAAAAUGUAGUAAUGGAAAGUAAUCAAGAAACUACAGAACAUAUAGGUGUAGAAGAAGAAAGACAAGAUAAAGGUAAAGAAUGUACAGAUGAAGAAAAAGAAAGAAAUCAAGAAAAUGUAGAACAUGUAAAUAAUUCAGACAUCGAAAAUAACUUCAUCAAUAAUGAUCAAGUGUCAAAUGUAGAAUCAAAUGAUGAAGUGAACAUUGAUAAUGGUACUGAAGUUAUUGAGGAAGAAAUUGAGUUAAAUGUAAAACCUGUACAAUCAAAAGUUAAAUCAGAAGAUAUAAAUAAUUCUGUUAUUAUUAUUAAAUUAAAAGAAAUUGAUUCACCACAUGAAACAAAUAAUUCAGAAUUACCAAAAAGUAAAGUCGAUGAAGUAGAAUUGUCAGAACUGAAAGAAAACAUGGAAAUUGAAAAAUUAGAAGUAAUAGAAACAGAAUUACAAGGUUCUUUGGAACUACUUACAAAUCAAGUAUUCCCUCAAACAACUGACCAAACUAAUGUAAUUUUUAAUGAAAAUUCUAUGCUUUCAGAGCCAAGUAGCUCAGAAUUGCCUUUAAACAGUGAUGAUGUAAUUGAUAAUAUUACAAAUAUUGCUGAUAGUACAGAAACUAAUAUAGAGAUAGAGAACGAAGAGAACAAAGAGAUGAAAAUAAAAAGUAAUUUAAAGUCUAUGUCAUCUGAAGAAAUCAACACUGAAUUAAAAGAAGAUAUUGUUGAAUCAAUAGAUGAAACAGAAUUACCUACUAUUCAAGAGAAAACAGAAAAUGAGUUAGAAACAAAUAUACCAGAAACUUGUGAUACAGUUGAUAAAUAUGAAGUUUCAAUGGAAGUAGACUUGAAUGUGAAUUCUGCAACUUCUAUAUUAGAAACAACUGAAAACGAAAUUAAUGAAGCUGAAAAUAGUUCUAAUGAAAAAAUAGAUCAAUUAUUGAAAGAGGAUACUGAUAAAAUAGCACAAGAAAUGGGAAUUAAUUUAGAGGUAAUAAAAGUUGAAGAUCAUAUUUCUAAAGAAAAGGAUCAAGAAUCAAAUAAAGUUGAACAUACAUUAAUUGAAGAAGGUGAAUCAGAAAGAAUCAUAGAUAUAGUUCAUGAUUUUUACGAGGUUACAAAAUCAAAAAGUAUACAAAUUAUUGAACUGCAUGAUAAUAUUGAGGUCGGAAAACAAACAGAAGUUGACAAACAGGUAGAAGAACAUAAUACAGAGGAAAAAGGAAUAGAGGAAGAAAACAUAAUUAAAAUACAAAUAGAGGAAGAAAAUACAGCUAAAAGACAAAUAGAGGAAGAGAAUAUAGCUAAAAAACAAAUAGAGGAAGAUGAUAUAAAUGAAAAACAAAUAGAAGAAGAUAAAAAAGAAGACUUUUCUCCUGAAAUUGUUAUAGAAGAAGAGCAAUCCACCGAAAUAAAAAUUGAAAUCAAUGAAUUACAAAAGCAUGAAAAUAUAUGUAAUAUUAUUGAGGAAAACCACUCAGGAGAAUCUGAAGGAAUUGCAAUACAAAAGGAAGUAGAUGUAAAGGCAGAAGAAAUUAAUAAUUACUCUAAUGCACAAGAAUCAGCUUCUGACUUAAAAUUUAUCAAUAAGGAUACACUUCCAACAUUAGAUCAUACAGAGAUGAUAGUACCUGAAGAGGAUGUAAAAGAGGAACACAUGGAAGAAGAAAUGAAUUUAGCCCUAGAAUUGGAAGAAACUGAAUCACAGUCAGAAAUAGUUAAAAAUGAUAUUGAAGAGAAAUCUGGCAAGGGGAAAGAUGUAGAACUUCCUGAAGAAAUUAUGGCAGAAUGUCAAGAAAAUGUAAUUAUUGAAGUAAAUGAUAAUAUUGCAGUUUCAAUAAAUUUAGAAACAUCAAGUGAUAAUGAUAUAAAUAUAGAAGGUGUUGCACAGUCAAAUGAUGCUGAACAUUUGGAAUUAAAUAAGAAUGAAGAGUUAUCAGAUAAGCAACAAUUGGAAGAUGAUUCAAAAAGUGAAACCAAUAAAGAUAAUUUAAAGGAUAUUUUAGAAACUGCCAAUAAUGUGGAAGAAAUGUUUUCUGAAGAACAGUGCCAAAAUACAGAGGAUAUUGUUACUAGUAUCCUAGAUGAUGUAAGAACUGCAACUGAUUUCAAGAAUAUUUUAAGUCCAGAAGCAGUUGUAGCAAAUGAAAUAGAAGAGGUUCUACAACAGUCUGUAAACUUACCAUUGGUAGGAUCUGAAAUUGAAGAAUUGACUGAAAAACUACCACAGGAUUCAGAAGAUAUAUUAAACAAGGAUAUGGAGGAUUCAAUCUCAACACAAAACAUAGAUACUCUAGAAGGAUUGCUAGGUCUAGAUUUAAUUCCAGAGGGAGAAGAUUCUACAUUGAAAAUAACAAAAGCUGAAGAGGAACUUCAGAAGCCAGAACAAUUGUCAAAGGUUGUGAAUAUGAGACUUUUAUUAGAACAAUCAAAUCACACAUCCGAUAUGGCACAAGCUUCUGAUUAUAUAACACAUGUGAUCAGUAGUUGUUUAACAGACAGGGAUGGUGUAUCAUUGGAAGAUACUACAGAAAAAUCUAAUAUAAUUGAAGUUGAUGAUGACAAAGGUAAAGAAUCUGAGGCUGGUGAUCUAUUGAAAAUCGAUGAAAGUCUAAUUUCUGAGUCUAUGGAUAAAGAUGAUAAUGUUGAAGAUUUACAGAAAGAUUUGGGAGAGGGUACUGAUAUUCCAGGUAAUGAAUUAGACAUGGAUUUUGAGGAAGCUCCACUAGAAUCCGUAGGUGAUCUCGAAGAAACAGAAUCUAAACUUGAAUUGCCUUCGGACAUUUUAUUACAUAAUGUAGAUCAGGGCGAAAAUUUGAACGAUGCUCCAUCGGGUAUAGAAACAUCUCAACCGAGCUCUGAAAUAUCCGAGCUUGAAUCGGCAGUAAAAUUUUUACAAGAAUCCGAAGAACAAGCUAUGGAUUCCCCUUUGGUGUUGUCUCCUAAGAUGGUAGAAAGCGUCGUAGAUGACAUAUCGAAACAAGCAGACGCAUCGUCUUUAUUUGUACCUGAUGAAGACAUGUGUGAGAAUACUGUGGAAUUAGAAGCAGAAUUACAAAAUAUUGCGACAGAUUCGAUUUCCAUUUCUGAAGCAGAAAUCAUCUCAGAAGCUGCGAAACUGGAAAGUGAAAGAAAACUUGCAGAGCAAAUUAAAAUUGAUGCUUUACAGGAUGCAUUUGGAAUAGACGAUGAUAAAGAGAUGAUAAACCAAGACAUGAUUGAAGACAAGAUCAUAAUUCCAACAUGUUUGAGUUCUGAACCUAAAUUUGAUGUAACAACUUUGGAAAACAUUGAAGUACAACAGUCAUCAAACCUAGAAAAUAAAAAAGUACUUGAAACAGUGGUAACUUUACCUCAAAAUAUUUUGAAGACAUCCGAAUCUAUUCCAAAAGUUUCAAUUUUAGAAGAACGUCUAAAGGAACCGCCAAAAAUAGAAAUUCCAGCUACGGAUGUAACGAAAGUUUCAAUGUCUCCAACUACUUCCAAAGAUAGUCUUUUGAUUCAAAAAGAUGCAAAAUUAAUUGCCUAUCAGAAGAUGUUAGAGUCACCAAAAUUGUUCGAUAAAUCGGAGUCGAAGUUUGUGGAAACACCUCGAAAGGAUUCUGAAAAACAUGAUUUCGAAAAUGUUGGAUCUCCAAGAAUCAUAUUAAAAAUAGCAAAAUCUGCAAUAACUGAUUGUGGAGAACCAAGGUCUCCUAAAAGUCCAAAAAUUAGAUCUGCAACCAAUUCGCCAAACCCCGAAGAUAGUCCGGGUCAAAAAUUAGGAAAAAUAAAAUUGAAGUUAUCUAAAGGAGGUCAUCCUUCUAUAAUAUCUAAUGAGAAUGUCGAAGAACUUGGACAAUGGUACUCAGAAGGCUCAUCAUCAUUGUCUCCUAUUGGCAUGAAAAUUAAAUUAUCUAAAUCUGGAGAUGCAUCCAUAGUUACCACUGAAAAACACGAAUUGAUUGAUGAUUCUAAGGAAGGUAAGCACAAGUUCGAGGAAACUAAGCGGACAGAAUCACCGAUUGGAAUGAAGAUUAAGUUAUCAAAGAGCGGCGAUGCGUCUAUAGUGCAACAAGAUGCAAAAGAGAUCCAGAUGAAGCAUAAAGAGAAGUUAGACAUGGUUCAAGGAAGUCCAAAGAGAACGGAAUCUCCGAUUGGAAUGAAGAUUAAACUUUCAAAAACUGGAGACGCUUCGAUCAUACAACCAGAGAGACAAGAAUUUUCUGAAGAAUACAAGGACAAUAUACAAAUGAAACCAAAAGAAAAGCUCGAAUCAUGUUAUGACUCUCCUAAGAGAACUGAUUCUCCUAUAGGAAUGAAAAUUAAAUUAUCUAAAAGCGGAGAUGCUUCGAUCGUUUCGCCUGAUUUGCCAGAAGAAAAUAAAGAGAUGGCUAAAACAAGAGAUAAAUUAGAAUCGCCUCCAGAAAUUCCGAAGAGAACCGAAUCUCCGAUUGGAAUGAAGAUUAAAUUAGCAAAAACAAAAGGUGGUGGAGCUUCUAUAAUAUCAGUAGAAAAUUCUGAAGAGUCGAAAGAUAAGUUAGAAAUUCCAGAUAUUCCCAAACGAACUGAAUCACCUCUUGGAAUGAAGAUAAAAUUAUCCAAAAGUGGUGACGCGUCCAUUGUUCAUUCAGAGUUGUUGGAUGAAAUUAAAGAUAAUGUGGAUAUAGCUCUGGAUGCGACAAAAUCGUUGGAAGUACCGCAUAGUGAUAUUGUACAAGAAACUAUGGAACCAUCAAUGGAGGUCAUACAUGAAGUUUUGCCAAAAGUUGAAUCACCCAUUGGAAUGAAGAUCAAGCUUUCUAAGUCCGGUGAUGCAUCCAUAGUUUCUUCAGAAAAGCAAGAACAGUUAGAAGAAAGCAAACUUCUUCAGGAAAUUCCCAAGAGAACAGAAUCGCCUCUUGGAAUGAAGAUUAAACUAUCUAAAACUGGUGACGCUUCUAUUAUACAACCCGAUAUAUCCGAAGAUACAAAUAAGAUAAUACGAACAUCUGAGGCAGAACAUUCUAAAAACACUGAUGCUUCUUUAGGUAUGAAGAUAAAGCUGUUAAAAACCGGGGAUGCUUCUAUAGUGGAUUCAGAAAAGAAGGAUAGACAGCAGAGACGUCGAGAUACCGAGUCAUCUCUAGAGAUGAAGAUUAAAUUGUCUAAAACGGGUCAUCCGACAAUUGUGGCUUGUGAUAAUCAAGCGGAAGUUGUAUACAAGUCAAAAGAAUCUACUGAUUCGUCCCAAAAUUUUGUACAAAGGUAUAAAGAGACUGGACAAGCUGGUCAUAAAGAACCUGCAUUAAAGAUCCUUAAAACUGGACAUUCAACUAUUCUGCAAAGUAAUCGUUCAGAACUGACCAUUGAGCCAGUGCAAAUGCAAGGAAAGAAACUAGAUAGUGUGGUUGAAAUGUCACCAAAGCGUAAAGAUAUUACCAUUGCACCAAUUGAAUCUAAAAAAUCCAAAUUGGAAACUCAACUCACACAAAUUUUGCCUGAGGUUACUAUCCAGCCUGUGACAUCCAGGGAACAAAAGCAGUUUCUAUUUGACCCAAAAAACAGCGCAAUUAGUCUACAACAGAUGAAUGUAAUAAAUCAAGAAAUCAGUAUUACCCAAGUAAGACCACAAAAAUCGACUGAUGCCUCUAUGAACGAGAAAUUGAAGGAUAUUUUAUCGAAGAACGUGGCUGGUUCCCCAAUGAAUUCUGACUGUGAAAUCAUAGAACACCGACCAGAGUUGAUAAUAGUAAAUGAGAACUCAAAUUCUAGCCAGGAUGUUGUGAUAAUAGAAGAAGUUUCCCCCAAUAGAAUGCCAGAAGUUAAAGUGCCCAAGAAAAGAGGUAGACCCAGAAGGAAUCCAUUACCACAAGGAAUUACCCAUCCUCCACCUCAUUUGUUAAUACCUAGGGAUCCUUUGUCUUUAGACGACGCGCAACAGAUGCAACAGCCACAAAUACCCCAUUUUCCAGAAUCCAGAGAGAAUGAAAGACCUAAGAGGACCUGUAGGAGUCAAAAAAGUUAUGCACCCCCUAAAAGAGGCAGAGGACGAGGACGAGGAAAACGAAAACUGGACAGUGUAGAUCCCCAGAUUAUGAAAAAGCCUAGGAUAGAUCAAGAUUUAAGCGCUAUUGAAGCUUCUACAACUGCUGUGAUAACAAUAGAUGAUUCUGGAGUGCAACAAGAAUCCUUUGGAAAAUCACCAGAAUUAUACAAAGCACUUAAACAGCCAGCAAUGGAUUCUAAGAUGGCUAAUUCUUCGGACUCCAUGGGUAUACAACCGGAUAUGAACAAAGGAUCAGAGAUGCGAUUACCCAAACCAGUAUCAAAUGACGUUAAAGAUAGUAUUAGGGAUAAAAAGUUGGCUGAAAUCGUUCCUGAUCGAAUGCAAAAAGCCGCAACGAAAGUAGAUUCCGAUAACAGAUCUGAUAAAUCAAUGGAAAAUGUAAAAUCGGAAAAUAAGGAUAUGUUAAUACCACCUAACUGGUUGACACCAGCAUCUAAAAGAGUAGAUAAUACUACAAAGCAUGAAAAUAUGUCUACAGUUCAAGUGAUAGACGAGGAAACGAGAAUGAGUGCGGAAUCGGGUUCAAGAUCUCAAACUCCAGCUAGAAAUAUUUCUGCACCAGCUUCUGAAACCAUAGUAAAUGAAGAAUCUCAAGGAAGUGUACUUAGUACUGCAACCACAGAAUCGGAAAAGGUGAAGGUCAAGAAUCGAAGAAUGGAAAUUAAUUUUGAUCCAGACGAAGGACCAUUUACUGUCGAUAAAAUUGCUGAGUAUGAAUGGCCACUUGACCGUAAAGGUGAAACAUUUAUGAUACAAGAACAAAUAUCUCAAUAUCUUGGUGUAAAAUCAUUCAAAAGAAAAUACCCAGAUCUAAAGAGAAGAGUAGUGGAUAUGGAAGAAAGAAAUUAUUUAAGAGAAAAUGGAUUGGUUAGUGAAGCAAUGUGUGACAUGGGUUUAACUGCUGUAUGUAGUUCAGAAGUAUUAGAUGUAAUGUGUAGUGAUUUCCCAGAUCAGUAUGAAGAAUAUCGCAAACAUAUGCGCGAGAAGCAAGUAAAAGAACAUUCCAAAAAGCAGAAGGAACUAACAGCAGCUGCAAAUGCAGAAAAAAAUAGAAUUGAUCUAGCAGAAAUGGCAGUCCAAUCUGCAUUGUCUUGGAAUAUUAGCUUAAAUAAAGCUCGACGGGAAAAUAGGAAGUGCAGUCUAGACUUGCAAACUUUUACAAUACACGUGCCAAAGAAACAACAGAAAGUUGAAACGGAACGACGAAUUGGUCAUUAUCCUGUUGCACUAAUACCGGGACAAUAUACAGAUUAUUAUCGGGAAUAUACACCAGCCGAGUUACGAUAUUAUCCUUUAAAUACAGUUCUCUAUGGUCCUAUGAGACCAAAUGAACGUAAAUUUGAUAGUCAGUCAGAGGGAUCUCAAAGUGAUAGUGAUAGUGAUUCAUCUUCAGAUGACUCAAGUUCGUCUUCUAGCGAGGGAACGCAAGAUACUGAAGGUUCUCAGUCCACAAUGGACGAAGUAGAUAUGGAAAUAGCAAAUCAAAAAGAUGAAAUAAAAUUGAAAUGCAAAAUGUGCUUAAAAACUUUGAAUAAACACAGUAAAAAUGAAGUAUUGAUUCAGUGUGGCACAUGUAAUGGACAUGUUCAUCCAUCAUGUAUAGAUUUAACAUUAGACAUGGUUCCUCAUAUUCAAUCAUAUGCAUGGCAAUGCACAGAUUGUAAAACUUGCGCUCAAUGUCAUGAUCCUGCCGACGAAGAUAAAAUGCUUUUUUGUGAUAUGUGCGAUAGGGGGUAUCAUAUUUAUUGUGUCGGUCUCCGACGAGUCCCUCAAGGAAGAUGGCACUGUCAAGAAUGUGCUGUUUGUGCAAAUUGUGGCUCAAGAGAACCUGGUGGUAUAAAUUCUGAUAGAAAUAGUGUUGCUCAGUGGCAACAUGAAUAUAAAAAGGGUGACAAGAAUACUCGUGUUUAUGUUUCAACGCUGUGCGUUCCAUGCUCAAAGCUAUGGCGAAAGGGUCGCUAUUGCCCGCACUGCAGUCGCUGUCAUACUGCCCCAAGACUCGACCUGGAAGUGAAUCUAGUGCAUUGCAGCGCAUGUGACAAAUAUCUGCACUUAGGUUGCGUGGAGACCAAGGGAAUGCCGUUAGACAGGAAAAAUUACCUGUGUGAUUUUUGUGCACCAAAUCGUCAACAAAUGAUGAAACCAUUAGUAUCGAAAACAUUGAAAACGUAAAUAAAUAAAAAAUAUAUAAUUUUGUUUGAG